CAGUGAGCCAGGUGGCAGAUCGGAGGGAUGCUGUGCCCCUUCUCACAUGUUCUGCGCCGCUUCUCACAUGUUCUAAGUGGUUUCAGAGUGAGGUUAAAACAGAGGAAGCUACUGAAACACAGGAAGUGCAAGAGCAAAGAGGAAACCCAGAGUUUUCAUUAAUUUGAGGACAGUUACAAAGACAUGAAACCAGCGUUGAGAUAAAAAAAAGGAAAAGGGACAAAGACGUAUUAAUAGCAUGGAACAGGUUUUCCUCAUUCUGAUUCUUGCAGGAGGAUUCUGGAAAACUGAAGCUAUAACUGUAGAAGGAGAGCUGGGUGGAGACGUCACAAUUACAUGCUCUCACUCUAAUGCAUAUAAGAACGUCAAAUAUUUCUGCAAGGCGCCUUGUAGGAAUGAAGACGUCCUAAUAAAGAGCAGCGAAAGCAGUAAAGGCAGAUACAGUAUCACAGAUAAAGGAAACACGUUCAAAGUGACCAUCUCUCGUCUGACAGAGGGCGACAAAGGAACCUACCAGUGUCGAAUAGACAGAGUUGGUUUGGACACGUUCCAAAAAGUCGUCCUCACAGUCGUAAAGGGAAAAACAAAGGACCCUGAAGAUGACUUUUCACAAUCAACUAGAGGUGAAGCAUUUACUGCACUUGCAACACGUCCUGCAUCUACUACAACUGCAACACGUCCUGCAUCUACUACAACUGCAACAUGUCCUCCACUUACUACAACUGCAGCACGUCCUAAUAAGUCAGAGUCUGGAGGGAAGCUGGUAUACAUCGGAGCAGGCCUCGGGGGGGCUGUGCUGGCUCUGGCGGUGGUGCUGCUGAUCUUCUACAAACAUCAAAAGAAAGAAAUCAGCACCACCUCUGGAAUGCAGGACAACACUUACUAUGCAUCACCGUCCAGUCUGAGUGGAAACGGCCACAACAGCAGGGACCAAUCAGAUGAAUUGUUUUACUCCACUGUCAACUCCAACACGCCCGCAGACUGCAGAGGCGUCCCAUGUCGCCCUGCAGAGGUCACAUACUCCACCAUCAGACACAUCCCAAUGGAGGAAUCAGACUUCACCAGAACCAACUUCUCCUUCAUGGCAAGGGGGGAAUGGGAGGGGCUUGAAAACAUAAUGGUCAAAUGAGACACCCCCUGUACCUCCUGACCUCUGCCUCAACUCCACGUCAAAGCACCGGGAAUCCGCUGCCAGUCUCGGCGAAUAUGCUGAUGUGGAUGUAGGAGGCCACGUCUGCCAGUACCAACAUCUGUAUCUCAGCCAGUUGGAGGAUCAUGUUUAUCACGCGCUCUGCUGUCCCGAAGAUGGACCCAUGCAGAUGAACUGUUGAUACCAAUCAGUUUGUUUACAACUUGGGUCUUGUUUCUAAAUCUUUAGACAGCACCUUAAAUCAUCAAUUAUAACUCUCUACUUUCUGAGAUACCUUGGUGCUUAUAGAGUUUUAAUACAUAAAUAUGUGGCCAAAACACACAUAUUUUAUACGUUUUGAAUGAACCUAAACUGUUCGUAAACUAUAAUAAAUUCAAAAUUCAGCAAUU